AUGACGUCAAUAAAACCAUUUCAGAUGACUGAUCUCUUCGAGACCAAUUCAGUUAAUCUCGAUACGUUGACUGAAAACUUCAAUGGGUCAUUUUAUCUGCAAUACCUAACCCAGUGGCCAUCGUUAUUUUUCAAGUCUGUUGAAAUAAACCUGGAUUUUCAACAUUCUGGAGAAAUUAGUGGAUACAUGAUGGGGAAAACCGAGGGAAAACUAGACAAAAAGGAGUGGCAUACACAUAUAACGGCAGUGACUGUAAACCCUCAAUAUCGUAGACUAGGAUUAGCAUCAUAUUUGUGUAAGCAUUUGGAAUAUUCGACUAGUGGUGAUCCGUACAAUACGCUAUUUGUAGAUUUGUUUGUGAAGGUCAAUAAUGUAUUGGCAAGGCAGUUGUACGAGAAAUUGGGGUACGGAGUGUAUAGAAGAGUGAUCGGAUACUAUGGCAAAGUAAUGCCCACAGAUCGAAAUAAGAUCGAUAAUGACAUAGAUGCAUUUGACAUGAGAAAGAGAUUACCGAGAGACGUAAAAGGAGAAACGGUAAGAGAAAACGGAGAUAAAGUGUAUGUGUUACCGUACGAGGUGGUUUUCUAA